AUGUUGAAUCUGAUACUUCCUAAAGUUGGUCUAAAAUUGAAAAGGGAAACCUCUCCUCAAGAUACACAACCAAAGUUAGCAACGUUAGCAACCACAUCACCAGAGGUUACAGUAGACCAUGAAGUUAAAACAGAACCAUCAAUACGAAAGAAACUUCUUGUAACUAGGAAGAAGCAAAACCAUUCAAGGACGUCGUCGGUAACAUUCCCCAAUGGCGCUGUACCGGAAGAGUAUGGGUUGCCACCAAUAGAUAAGACUGCAGAUGUUGAUUUGUUACAAAGGUUUGAAGUGAUACGAUAUCUAGAUGCAUUCAAUAUAUCCCAUACAGACCAACUAGAAGAGGAUGAAUUAAGAAACAUGUUGAAGGAGACGUUAAACACGAAGCAAUCGCUGUUUGUAUAA